AUGGCGGACCAACAGAUAAACCUCGUCGACCACACGUCCAACGGUGACAACACGCCUACUACGGCUGCACAACCCGAACAGCGACCGACCACAUCGGACUCUCACAUCGAUAUCCUCUACGAGAACCAGCGCGGUUGGUUCAUAUUCGGAAUACCGCUAUUCUCGAACAAGGCGCUGUGGAAUCUACGAAUUGACCCUGCGCCCUGGCAAGAUGCCAAGUUUAGACCUUCCGCAGUUAACAUCACAAAUGCACAAGUCCCCGACCCAAGUUGGGUAUGGGACUGGAAGAGCUGGUAUGUCGACAUGAGCCUGGAUGUCGAUGAAGAGGGUUGGCAGUACAGUCUGCUGUUCAAGGGCUCACCCUGGCACGGCAACCACCCUUGGUUCCAUAGCUUCGUUCGGCGACGACGCUGGCUACGGAGACGGGUGAAGCAGAGGCUACCGCCCAAGACCAAGGAGAAUGCGAAGGAGCGCAUGUUCGGCGAGACAUUCAGCAUCGGCACCACAUUGGCUAGGUCAACGACGUUUGGUACUGGCAGCGGCCUGUUGGACAGUGCCCAGACGAGCCUGGACGAAGAAGUGAGGGACAUUGCAACACUGAUGAGGAAACUGAGGAAAGCUGCCAUCGACCGUGAGAAGAUAAUCUACAUACACAAGUUCAUCGACGAUGGAGGCGAGGAACUGCACUACCUCGCAGGACAGAUCCCGUCCAUCAUGUCGAUGCUUAUAUUCCAGAAUUCGCGUCGCCAGCUCCUCUCCACACUCAUGGACCGCUUCGAAGCCGCCAGAGACCACCGCGAACAACACAAGAAAGAUUCCAAGCCCGAAGGCGACGCCGAAGAACGCAGAAUCGAUAACCUGCUCAAGGCCAUCGAGGCAGCAGAUGACGAGUGCAAGAAGCUGGAGUACUGGAGUGACAUCAAGAACCUUACGGAGGAGGGCAAGGCGGGUAACGCGACAGAUCCCAGUAUGGGCUGGGAUGAGGGGAAAUGGCAGGGUCUCGAUGCUAGUGGCGCCAAGCAUCCCGAGACUUGA